AUUUGCGGGCGCCUCCGGGCUGGACCUGGGGAGAGAGCCAGCAACACUGAGACGCUAGCUCGCCGCCCUCGGGUCCAGGGAGUCGGGGUGGCCGAGAGGAUGCCGACUGCCAGGGAGCCGGCCGGCCCGCGCGCCGCCGUCAUGGGGUCGACAGGCCUCGGGUCGGGGGCUCGAGGGGCAGCGCGAACCAGCCAGGGAGAGCGGGAGCGGGAGAGCCAGGAGGAUGGCGCAGAGGGCACGGGGAGAGCGCUGGCAGCAGGGGAGGGACCUCGGGUGAAACCCGUGGAGAGGCGCGACCGAGAAAGUCGUCUUGGUGCUGCGACCAGGAGGUCUGGACUGGCAGUUCCGGGCAAAGUGAAGACGGAGUGGGGUUCCUCGAGUCUGAAGAGGAGGAGAGGGGCCAGCAGCCAGAUGGAGAGUUGGGGUGACAAUGUGUACCCCGGAGAAGGAGGGCUGGGACAGGAGGGUCUCUGACCCCAGAGCACAGUGGGUACAGGAGAACUCCCCAGCCCAGCAGGCAGGCCUGGAGCCCUACUUUGACUUCAUCAUCACCAUCGGGCACUCAAGGCUGAACAAGGAGAACGACACGCUCAAGGCCCUGCUGAAGGCCAACGUGGAGAAGCCCGUGAAGCUGGAGGUGUUCAAUAUGAAGACCAUGAAGGUGCGCGAGGUGGAGGUGGUGCCCAGCAACAUGUGGGGCGGCCAGGGCCUGCUGGGAGCCAGUGUGCGCUUCUGCAGCUUCCGCAGGGCCAGCGAGCACGUGUGGCAUGUGCUGGAAGUGGAACCCUCUUCACCCGCCUCCCUUGCCGGCCUGCGCCCCUACACAGACUAUGUGGUUGGCUCAGACCAGAUCCUCCAGGAGUCCGAGGACUUCUUUACACUCAUCGAGUCCCACGAGGGGAAGCCCUUGAAGCUGAUGGUUUACAACUGCGAGUCGGACUCCUGUCGGGAGGUGACUGUAACUCCCAACGCAGCCUGGGGUGGAGAGGGCAGUCUGGGGUGUGGCAUCGGCUACGGGUAUCUGCACCGGAUCCCAACCCAGCCCUCCAGCCACCACAAGAAGCCACCUGGUGCCCCGCCGCCUGAUGCCCCGCCACCUGAUGCCCCGCCACCUGGACCCACCCCCCAGGACUCUCCUGCCCCUCCUCGCCCAGGGACCGGCUCCAGGCAGGGUGACUACAUGGAGGCCCUGCUGCAGGCACCCGGCUCCUCCUUGGAGGAACAGCUUUCUGAGCCUGGGAGUCCCAGCCGUGGUGCUCCAGACCUUGGGGGACUUGCACGUCCCAUGGAGACUCCUCUUCAGCCUCCACCUCCAGUCCAGCGAGUCAUGGACCCAGGCUUCCUGGACGUGUCGGGUAUCUCCCUGUUGGACAGCAGCAAUGCCAGCGUGUGGCCCAGCCUGCCGUCUCCCACGGAGCCGACCCCCACAGCCGUGACAGCCGCAGGGCCCGAGGACGUCUGCUCCAGCAGUGGUUCUCACGAGCGGGCUGGUGAGGCCACGUGGUCGGGGUCAGAGUUUGAGGUCUCCUUCCCGGACAGCCCAGGCCCCCAGGCCCAGCCAGACCACCUGCCUCAGCUAACCCUUCCCGACAGCCUCACCUUUACGGCCUCACCGGAAGACGGGCUGUCUGCUGAGCUGCUCGAAGCACAGGCCGAGGAGGAGCCGGCGAGCACAGAGAGCCCGGACUCGGAGGCGGAGGCUGAGGGGGCGUCCGGCCAGGCCCGGCUCUCUACCCCAGAAAUAACGCCCUAGGGUGGGACGAGGCCCGGUGGCAUUUCACGAGGCCUCGGUGUGGGGCAGCAGCUUGGGCCGUGCCGCGCGGCCCAGCCUCCGGCCCGGCGUGUCCAGCUUCCUAGGCUGCGGCCCCCAGUGACGUGCAGGGACUUCGGCAGGCAAGGGCUCUUGUGUCCGCUCGGACCCUACUGGUCUCGAAGAGAUGACGUGUCGGCCUUAAUUCUGCCCGACGGUCCUGGCUUUGGGGAAUCGGGCACUUGAGAGUCUCAGACGAGUCCGUUUGGGGCGGUGGGAGGCUGGGAGCGGCACCCAGGUUAAGUUCUGCAGGAGCUGGGGUGGGAGAGGAAGGGACUCUGCUGCUUGGGUGGGACAAAGCGAGUGGGUAGUAAGGGGAGGCCGUGGGCCUUGGCAUCUUUAGGCCACGUACCCGUAAGUCCGGCGCUUCUCCUGCUCUGGUCGCUAUGGCUGUCCGGGAGGCCACAGCAUCCAGGCGGGGUCAGGGGUGCAGAUGGGAGUGAAGGAGGAAGGGACGGGUGUGGAGUGUUUGCCUGGCACUUCAUGGCGCUGGCCUUGACUCGGCCCGCACAGCUCAGCUGGCCCUGCGUGUACUAGAAGGCAGCCCCGCGCCUUGGGGACCCCUGGAGCCGCAAUCACGGUCUCUUCGGUCGCGUGCCCUCCUCUCCAUGCUGCACUGCACGGGCGGUUCAGGCUGACAUACGCCAGUCCCAGCUGGAGGAGAGAAGCAGUGAACGUGUCCACCUCUCCUGGGAGAGGAGGGGUGGAGACUCUAGGCCCUGCAGCAGAGACUCCCUUGAUCUUGGAUCAUGACGUUUCUUCUUCCCCAGGGCCGACGCCCCUCAGACCCAGUGGUGCCUCCUGUCAGCUCCCAAACUUCUACAACCAUCUCUUUUAAAUACACAAGGCUUUGUCAGCCCCAGUGGUGAAUAAAAAUGACAAAUUUAAGGUCACCAUCCUAAGCAGACUCUUUCAAAGCGGGUCCUGACCGGACCUCUUUAGACACUGCUCCCGCUCCACGGGGGAAGGGGGGGUGCUGGACGAGAGUGGGUAAGGGCCGCUCCGUUCUUCCCCACAGUUCGGGAGGAGGCUGCUCC